AUGCUCAGCCGCCUCUCCCUCCCUCUCUUUAGGCCCAAUGGCAUCACCACCCGCGCCCUGGCCACAGCCAGCAACACCAAGAACAAGACUAAGAACAAGAACAAGAAACUCCCCCUCGCGGGUCUCAAAGUGCUCGAUCUAAGUCGCGUCCUGGCAGGGCCAUAUUGUACCCAAAUAUUAGGCGACCUGGGCGCAGACAUAAUCAAAAUCGAACACCCAGGUCGCGGCGACGACACGCGCGCCUGGGGCCCUCCCUAUGCACCCUAUAUCGACGGCCGAGAAGGAAACGGCGAGAGCGCAUAUUACCUCUCUGUAAACCGCAACAAACGCAGUCUAGCCCUCUCCUUCGCAACCCCGACCGGCCAAUCCAUCCUGCACAAACUCGCCAAAGAAGCCGACAUCCUAGUCGAGAACUACCUCCCGCACACGCUAGCUAAAUACGCCCUGGACUACGAGACGCUGUCCAAGAUCAACCCGUCCCUAAUCUACACCUCCAUCACGGGCUACGGCCAAACAGGCCCGUACAGCAACCGGCCGGGAUUCGACGUCAUGGUCGAAGCGGAGUUUGGCCUGGCGCAUUUGACGGGGAGUAGGGAGGGCCCGCCCGUGAAGGUUGGUGUUGCGGUUACGGAUUUGACGACCGGGUUGUAUGCUGUGCAGAGUAUUCUUGCGGCGUUGUGGGCGAGGAGUCAGAGUGUUGAGCCUAAUGAUAAAAAGGCAGGAGGGAAAGGGGAAGGACAGCAUUUGGAUGUUUGUCUGAGUGAUUGCCAGGUCGCAACGCUGGCGAACAUGGGUGAGGGCGUGUUGGUUUCCGGGGAGAAGGAUACGGGACGGUGGGGGACUGCGCAUCCGUCUGUCGUCCCCUACCAAUCCUUCGCAACCAAAGACGGCGACAUCUUCGUCGGCGGCGCGAACGACCGCCUCUUCGGCAUCCUCUGCGCCCGCCUCCAAAAGCCAGAAUGGGCCAGCGAUCCACGCUUCCUCACAAACACAGACAGAGUAACGAACCGCACAGCACUGGAAACGCUAAUCGAGACGGAGACGCGCAAGUCUACAACGACUGAAUGGACGACACGCUUCGAGGGGAGCGGGCUUCCCUUCGCUGUUGUUAAUGAUGUCAAGCAGACGAUGGAGCAUGAACAUGUCCAGGCGAGAGGGAUGGUGCAGACGAUUGCGCAUCCGGCUUGUGGUCCGCUUAAGGUGAUUAGUCCGCCGGUGAAGUAUUCGAGGGCGGAGCCGAGUGUGAGACGUCCGCCGCCGUUGUUGGGGGAGCAUACGGAUGAGAUUUUGGGGGAGAUUGGGCUUAGUCAGGGGGAGAUUCAGGACUUGAGGGGGGAGAAGGUUGUUUCUGGAUAG